CAUGGCCGCGGCUAGUGGUCCGAGUAAGCACCUUUCCUUGCCGUCGGGCUUCUUUGUCUCCCUAGCUACACCCUAUUCCCCGUAAUCCUCCAUGCUGCUGUCUAGGGCGGCUGAUAGCAGAUUCACACAUCAUCUCCCAGCGCGGAAGACACUGGUGGUCGUGUACUUUCUGUGCUUCUGCGGCUCCCUUGCUGGCCCAACAGACAUGGGGACAGCUACUACUGCUUAUUCGCCUUACUCGAUAAUGUUCAUUAUACCGAUGAGUUGAUUCGCUAAUUUAUACAGUGCCUAGCUACCAACCGCCAUACACGAACUCGCCUUAUGGUGCUGGUGUCCCUAGCUCCGUCGCGCCCCAGAUGAACAUCCCUCCCAACUACGCGAUGGGGGGCGGUAUGCCUAUGUCUGGUUUCCCUAUGCAUCCUGGGAUGAAUCCUCAGCAGCAGAUGAUGCAGCGUAUGCACCCGCCUCCAGCAAAUACACCGGGAAUGUCAACUCCUACACCCCAACGAUCUUUUCAAAACCAACCUCGUCAAAAUACUCCGACUCCGAGUAACGCGCCGAAUGCACAGCAACACCCGAUGUCAACUCCGCAAAAUGCGCAUAGCACGCCUCCAAACCAGACGCCGAACAAUGCGCAGCAGCAGCAGCAACAGCAUCAGCAUCAGCAGCAGCAGCAGCAACCACAACAGCAACAGCAACCACCACCUAAUAAUAUCCCAACACCGCAAACCCCAACGUUCCCGACAUCAGUUCAAAAUAACGGACCUAGUAACGCGUCAUCUGGGUCGACGCCGUUAAGUCCCGGUCCAGAUUCUAGAGAUAAGGAACGGGUUGGUGUGAUUUUGGAGAUUAAUAACGAGUUAUUGUUAGAGGCUAUGCAAAUACAAAAUACGCAGCAAAUAUUGAAAAAGGAGAGGACGUCCGCCAAUGGUACUGAUGGUACUGCAAGCGAACCGGAGAAGAAGCCCACCGAGGAAGAUAUGCUGGCACAAGACUACCUCCAUUGUAUGCGACGACUUCAGACAAACUUGACGUAUUUGGCGGCAUUAGCCGACAAGAAAGGCAAUGUCACAGCUGGGCCGUGUCCCAGUUACCUAAAACCACCACCACUCAAUACUGGCAUCAAGUUAAGGAUGAUGCUGGGUCCGGAUGGAUCAGAAAAUCAAGAAGCCCCGGACCGGAGGGAGACGGCAAAAUACAUUCAAGAAUUGUAUAAAAAGCUUCAGGCUCUUUACCCAGGCAUUGACCCGAACAAGGAACCAACGAUCACGGCCUCAUCCGGACGACAGAACGCUCAACAAGCGAAUGCAAUAAAACCUGGCUCUCGAACGCCUGGUCAACCUAGCCCAGGUGGGCAACAAACUCCAAAGAUGGCUACUUCGGCGCCGCUAUCUUCUGUCAUGAAUAUAGCAGCCGGGCCAUAGAAUGAUUUAACCUGAUUAAAAGCAUUUGAUUUCAAGAAGAGUUGAGUAUAGGUCGACUUUUGAGGGCAUAUAGUAUACGGACCUUGAAAGUUUGAGACUUGAAUGGACUGCCUUCUUUUUGCGAAGGCAUUUUAUGUUACGUUGCAUCUUUGUAUAGAAAAAUACCCCGCUAAGAUCAACGCUACGUGGCGGAUAUUGGGACCUUGAAGAGACAUUUAUGGGCGUCGGCGUUGCUCUUCAGGAUGGUAUGCUGCUUUACUUUCGUUAGAUAUGGUAUAUACCAGAGUCAAAAACACUGUAUAGCUCGCAUAAGGUCAAAGGCUUUUAAAAACUUCAAACUGAAUAGCUAUCUUUCGGGUUUUAUCGUCUUACAUUUGUAUAUCAUAUCCACUCCAUAUAGCUAGAUGUAUGAAUAAGACGAAAUGUUAUCGGCAAGACUUAGGGACGGGUUUGAAUUGAGUGACGGAGAAUGGGCAGCAGGCUUGAUAUAUAUAAUGGCUACCUAUCUUAGGUAAGUAUAGAUAUGCCAACUAUGAUACAUGCCAUCUAUUAUUUAUAUUUAUAUUUGAUAUUGAAGUAUUACAUGAAUGACAUAUGCUC